UAAUUAUCACUAAUUAGUAUUCAGUUGACAGUGUUUAGAGUGUUAUAAUUUUAAUUUAUAAUAUUACAAAAUUGUGUUAAGAUGCCUUUGAAAAGUUAUAUAUCAUACUCUAGUGAAUCACAUUUUCCACUAGAAAAUCUCCCAUAUGGUGUAUUCUCAACUGUUGAUGAUUCAACACAUCGAAUAGGAGUUGCUAUUGGUGAUAAAAUUUUGGAUUUGAAAUAUUCCAAAAAUGUUUUUGAUUAUCCUUUGUGUGAAAUAUUUCAACAACCAUCACUUCAAAGUUUAAUGGCUUCAAAUAAGGAAACAUGGUCUCAAGCUCGUAAGUCGAUUCAAUCUUAUUUAAGUAUCGAACACUCUGAAAAUUUGAAAAACGGUGUAUUUUGGGAUCAAAAUGAAGUUCAAAUGCAUUUGCCCACUUCAAUAGGUGGUUAUACUGAUUUUUUUUCAUCUUAUUAUCAUGCUUACAACUGUGGUACUCUCCUGUCACCUAAUAAACCUAUAGCAGAUAAUUGGAGAAACAUGCCAGUUGCAUAUCAUGGUCGAACAUCAUCAUUUAGAAUUUCUGGUACGCCAGUUGUUCGACCAAGUGGACAGUAUUUAAAAGAUGGUGAAGUGACAUUUGGCCCUACAGAAAUGUUAGAUUAUGAACUUGAAGUGGCAUUUUUUGUGGGUGGUACAUUGAAUUCUUUAAAUGAACCGAUACCGAUCAGCAAAGCUUCAGAUUAUAUAUUUGGUAUGGUGCUGUUGAAUGAUUGGAGCGCCAGAGACGUACAGUUGUGGGAAUCACCUUUUCUUGGACCGUUCCUUUCCAAAAAUUUUAUUACGACUAUUUCACCCUGGGUAGUAACAAUGGAAGCUUUAGAAGAAUUCAAAACAGACAACUUUAAACAAGAUCCAGCUCCAUUAAAGUAUUUACAGCAUGAUAUUAAGUACAAUUUUGAUAUACAUUUAAAUGCAAGUAUUUAUGGUCCAAAAUCACCGCAAACUCACGUCAUCUGUAAUUCCAACUAUAAAUAUAUGUACUGGACUCCAAUACAACAAAUUGCUCAUCACACCGUUACUGGCUGCGAUUUGAAACCGGGUGAUUUAUUGUCAUCUGGAACAAUUAGUGGUCCUGAAGAGAAUCAGCGUGCUUGUUUGGUAGAAAGAAAUCUAUUAGGGAAAAAAUUAAUAGAUCUGGGUGAUAGAAAGUUGAAAUUUUUCGAAGAUGGCGACGAAGUAACAAUAUCUGGAUUUUGUCAAGGAAAUGGAUACAAAAUUGGUUUUGGCAACUGUGUCAGCAAAAUUCUUCCAGCAAAAUAAAAUAAAAUAAUAAGAAUAUAAAUUUUAAUAUAUUACAUGAAUUGUUUUUUUUUUUAUUUAAAUUUUCAUGUAUCGUAAUAUAUUUUAAUGGUUUUAUAGUAUAUUAAUACAUAUUUUUUUGUUGAAUUUUUAAACAAUAUGGUUUCUUAAAUAUACUGAAAUAAAAUAUCA